CGCCCCCACGCACCGGCCAACGCCAAUCGCCGCCCUAAUCCCGCGCCGCCGCCCCCCCAAGUCGAGCUGCCCCCAACCCACCCCAUCCAUGUCGCUGGCUCCCGUCUGUGCUUCCUGCCGGAGCUGGAGGAGCCCGUGAGUCCAGUGGCGGGUCUAAAGGGUAGUCCAGUUAGCCGCCAGUUCCACCACAAGCCCGACUCCUGCGCCUUCGCGUGCGGCCGCGUCGCCGCCCGCCCCCUUCGACUCCCGCAGCCCUUCUGGUGCUGGCCUGCUCUGGUCUCUGGGCGGGCGAGCGCCUCCCGCCGGGUGCCGGCGCCCCACGCUGCCACGCCCUGACACUGGCGCGGCGCACCACCUCCGCGGCCCGCAGCCCCGCACCGGCCCGCACCCGCGGCCUCCCGCCCGGCCGCCCCGACGCGAGCGGCAGUGGGCACGGGCACCAGCCCUACAGCAUCCAUUGCCCGAUUACCUACCCUAGUUUCAAUCCUGGGUCCGCCACUGCUCGUGACCCCAGAGCCGGAGGAGACACCGACCCUUGGAGGAGCCUGCCCGACGCUCCCCUGCGCUGCCUGCUUUCAAAUCCAACUGAGCCAGUUGGUGAAGUUGUGGACCUAGUAAUGGCGGAAAGCACUCAUGGUAGUGGUCGCCAUGUGUUUGGGGACUUGACAAAUGUCCUUUGCAAGCGACCAGCCCCAUCAGACCUGGAGAAGAGUAUGGGUGGAAUAAAGAUUAGACGGAUUGAAAAGGACGCUGGGACUUGGGAAGAGUUUGACGAAUAUGCGAAAAACAGUAGUAGAGGGAAAGGAAUUGUAUAUGGGCAUUUGUUUGAUGGUGUUGCCAAAGAGAACUUCGAAGGGCCUUCUAUUUUUCGGAACUCUAAGGUCCAGCACAUGGCUGCUGAAGCAGCUGGGCUGUUAUCCAAGGAGGACCUUGACUUGCGGAACCGUCGUGCAUCAAUAUAUCCAUGUGAUCUCAGUGAUAAGGAGCAGGAUUCUUCGCUGGAAUCUGAAGGUGACUAUGAUGAAGAUGAUGAUGAGAUGGAUGGUGAAUUGCCAGGCCAUUUUAUCAGCUCAGAGCUAGCUAAUAAAACAGCUGCUAAUGACAGCGAGUGCCUGACUCAAGAGGAAAUAGUUGGAUCAUCAGGAAAUCAGAAGCCUCUGUGUUCAUUGGACUUUACGACAGGCGGUGACAUGCCAAGUUCUAGUGUUCAGCACGCUUCAAUGAGAACCAGUGGCUCAGAAGCAGCUGUCCCCACAAAGUCUUGUGCUUGUUCGUUCUGUCUUAAGGCUGCCUCUAUGUGGACAGAUCUCCAUUAUCAAGAUGCAAGAAGCCGACUUUCUGUAUUGAAGAAAAGCAUAAAGUUUGCUAGGUCGUUGGAGGCAAAAAGCAAAGGCAAUGAAUAUGCUGCCAAUGUAGCCGGCUACAAGUCAAAACGAGCUGUGGAGAUGGAGUUUGAACUAUCUCAACAACGGAGAUCACUCUUUCUUUAUACAGAGAAUGCCCUUGUUCGCGAGUCAACGCAGCUUCAUUCAGCUUUUGUGAAGUUAAAGGAAUUGAGAGAGAACUGCAAGAAAGAUCUUGAAAUGAUAAGCAGUUCUUCAUUGGGAAAAUGAGCACUUCAUGGUGGCGUUGCGGUUGCUGAACUGGCUCGGUUUGAUCAGGUGUGCAUUGACAUAGGCUGUCAAGUGUCUACUUAGGAAUUGUGGUGGUUACCAUCGCUUUGUGACUUUGGCUGUAGUGAUUACUCCUAUCAUAGAGCAUUGUUCCAGAAUGUCUGUAGCUGAUGUAAAAAUCUCCAUGGUGAGUUAGGAACUGUAUGUUUUGUCUCAUAGAGACGUAGGCAUCUACUUGGUUCUGAUGGUUGAGUGACGUUUUAUAUGUUGGAGAGUUUGUGCACUGGAAAAGGCAAGGGGCUUGUGCUGCGUGCACUCUGUGAGUACGUUUCUCAGGAAAUUCGACAUCGCCAAAUAGGUUGAGUGAGGUGAGAGUUCCAGACUGCUCAGGAGUCAGGAUGAGGUGCCAAGGUGUUUGCUUUCGACCAGUCAUCGAUCACUGUUCGAACUUCAAGGGUCGACUGAGCUAGUUUUGAGCUGAAAUCGUUCACCUAAUUCUGAAAUCAUGCACUCUGGGACUAUUAAGCUGCGUUCUACUUACAUCGCCGAUUGCAUGCCUUUCUGAAUUCUUCGUCGAACUAUGGCAACGUGUUGGCACUUAUACUGUA